AUAUGAUGCUGAGACCACUAAAAAAGCAAGCGAUUAGGAAUGAGCAAGCAGAUGAGGCAACUUAUUUAGCCCACCUCGCUGCGCAGAGAAACGCAAGUGCCUUCUUUGAGAAGUACGAGCGAAGCGAGCUUCAGGAACUACUGACCACUUCGUUUUGUAGCUGGCUGGCAACCAAAGAUAACUUGCGCCAAACGUUGGACCUCCCCACUGGGCUGCUGAGACAAAUGAAAAGCAUAAAUGUCCCAACGGCUAUUUUUCUAACACCCGUGGAGCCCGACUUAGAGUUGGAUUGCAGAGAAAUCCAUCAGAUCAUCAGAGAGUUGUCUGUUGGGAUUUACUGUCUGAACCAAAUUCCGUCCAUCAGUUUGGAUGCUAAUUACGACCAAAGUACUUCUUGCUCCCUCCCUCCAGCGUACUUUGACACGCGAAUCGGACAAAUGUUGAUCGCAGUGGAUUACAUGUUGAAAGCCUUGUGGCAUGGGGCAUACAUGCCCAAAGAAAAACGCGUCAGAUUCUCUGAACUGUGGCGUUCUAGCAUGGAUAUUGACGCAGACGGCAUCCCUCAAACAGAAAGAACUGCCUGUGCAGAGUUCUGUCAAGCUGGUCUAAUGGAUAUUUCAAAAGAACCAGAUUUCCAAGGAAUCUAUGAGGAAAACCUGAAUGAAGAUCCAACGUAUGACCCUAACAGUCCAGAGGAAAAGGCAUUCUUUAUGCAGUUUGCGGACUACAUAUUUCUUAAGUUGACUUUUGCCACCACAGAGGUUCAGCAGUAUGAAAAUGUGUUCAAGUUUGAUGCAGCAUACAACCUUUGUAACGCGGUAAGGAUGACUGAGGAUACCCUCAGUAUGCAUGGGUACCAGAGGCUGCAGCAGAGGCUAGCUCUUCAACAAAAACUUGUGAAGAAAUACCUAGAAAAAAAGGUUGAGAUCCGGAAAAACAUAGCAUAUCUCAAGCUGAUGAGUUUUCUUAUUCCAUUUAUUAUCAAUUUAAAAAGGAAAAAUAAAAUCCCGAAUUUAAGUCGGCUUCUUCAGCCAUAUUCAGAUGACAAAGUCAAAACGGAACGGGAACUGCCUCCAAUUUUGCUCGGACCAGAUUUUAAGUGCCAGCAUUUUCUAUACACCCAGAAUCAGUAUUUCCAUCUCCACGGUGGCAUUGAAUAUGAUGUUGGUACUCCUUCAGUUGAAGACCUUUCAGAUGAGAUUAAGGCUGCCUAUGACGAAAUGCAUACAUGUGCAGCAAAUCACCUCGCUCAGCUGUUGGACCCAGAUGCACCCUAUAGAGAACAUUACCCCAUACCAAUAAUGGACUUUCAAGGCAAGAGCUAUUAUGUAAUCGGGAUCGAACUUGAACCAUUUUAUCUGCUUUUUAAGAGCCAAUGGUGGGGAGCCAUAAACGAAGUAGUAAGCACACUUAAACCCAAAAGGCUUCCAUUAACUGAUAUUCAAGCAAUGGACCAAUUCAAGAAAAGAUUUGGCUAUAAGAAGGCUAUUAAAUGCAAGAGCCUGCCAUUUGGCAUGAGGGCUGCUGCUGAAAGAGGGUUGGCUGCUAUCUUCCUCACCUUCUGCCGCAAGACAUCCCUCUCCAGCCUUGCUCUUUCAGACGAUCAUGGCUACGGUCUUAUCCACUAUGCUGCUAUCUACAACCGUGUGUCCAUUAUAUGCCAGCUGAUUAAAUCAUAUCUGACAAUCAACCAGAGGCGCAGCAUCCCAGUUAGCCAAGGUUUUGGUCCCACUGCUUUGCACCUAUCAGCUCAGUGCUCCUCCGUCGAAGCCCUCCAUUUCCUCCUGGCCUUAAAAGCAGAUUACGAAAUACCUGAUGAACAUGGGUGGCUGCCUAUACAUUACGCUGCCUUCUAUGACAAUGUUACCUGCUUCACAAUUCUCUACCGAAAACACCCAGCUUCGUUAGAGUCUGAAACACGAAAUGAAAAAUGCUCCACCCCACUUUUGCUUGCGGCUACAUCUGGGGCAUUAGAUACGAUCCAGCAUUUGUUUUCUCUCGAAGCCAACUGGCUGAAAAAGGACAGCGAAGGAAAUAAUAUCAUUCAUUUGGCAGUGCUGAACUUUCACACGGAGGUUCUGAAGCAUCUGGUUGAGCUGCACAACCCUGAUCUUCCGGUUUGGAAAACUCUUGUUGGUAUGCUGGACUGCAAAGAGCAGAAAAGGAAAGAAAUGGCAAUACGGUGUUUGGAAGUCCUUUGUCUCGCCAAAAAUAAUUACUGGAAGUGCAUUUUGGAUGCAGGUACCAUACCCUCGUUAAUCAACUUGUUAAAAAGUGGCAUCAUCUACCUGGAGUGCAUCACUGUGGGAGUUCUGAGUAACAUCUCAAUCCACGAGUCCAUCGCCAAAGCUUUUGUAGAAGCAGGAGGCAUCACAGUAUUAAUUAAGCUACUGUCAACUCAUGAACCUGAAUUGCUUUCCCGUUGUGCUGUCCUUUUAUAUGAUAUUGCCCAGUUGGAUAACAAUCAGGUUAUAAUUGCUGAACAGGGUGGAAUUCCUGCGCUUGUCAAUCUGUUGCAGUACAACAUAGAAGACCUGCUUGUGAACGUAAUAAAUUGCAUUCGAGUAAUGUGCAUUAACAACCAUGAGAACCAGUUGAAAGUGAAAGAUGCCAGGGGCAUUGAGCCACUUGUCAACUUCUUGCAGUCAGAUUCAGAUGUGCUGCUGGCCGUGGCUUCGGCAGCGAUUGCAGAACUUGCUCGAGGGAAUUUUAGAAUGCAGAACGCCAUUGCUGAUGCGCAAGUCAUUACCCCUCUAGUUGAACUUCUCAGAGGAAGGAAAAUCAGUGUCCAAGUGAAAGGAGCAAUGGCGAUCGAGGCACUCGCUGAAAGGAACACUAACAUCCAGAUGAGAUUUCUAUCCAAGUCUGUGACCAAAUUCCUUUUAAAGCUCCUGAAGGCUUUUCACCUGAAAGUUAAAGAACAAGGUGCUGCCACACUUUGGGCCCUGGCAGGGCAAACCUUGAAGCAGCAGAAAUACAUGGCAGAACAGAUUGGAUACAACCUUAUUAUCGAUAUGCUGCUGUCACCCUCUGAUAAAAUGCAGUGUGUUGGAGGUGAAGCCGUCAUAGCUCUUAGCAAGGAGAGCGAAAUUCACCAGAACCAGAUCUGCGAAGGGAAUGGAAUUUCCCCUUUGGUUCGGCUGCUGAGGAGUGGAAGGAUAGCAGAGGGCACACUGCUCAGUGUCAUCAGAGCCUUGGGGACCAUUUGUAUUGGUGAAGCCAACAUAAACAAUCCAAUCAGUCAAGACAACGUAGUAGAUGAAGGAGCCUUGCCAAUAUUGGUCCACUUACUGAAACAUCAUAGUUCCCUUCACAUAAAGGUUGAAGUUGCAUAUUCUUUGGCUUGCAUUGUUCUAAAGAACGAUAACCUGCAGAGUGUGUUGCGAGAGAAGGAAGGCUUUAGUUAUUCUGACGUCCUUGGGCUCCUUUACGCACCAGAGAAGGAUAUCUGUUUGCGAGCAGGAAAUGCUAUCGCGCUUUUUGCAUAUAAUAAUCCCAGCCAGCAGUUACUGAUUUUAGAGAGUGGACCAAUAUCUGUGUCUAUAUUUGAACCUUUCCUGGAAUCGGAGGUAGAGACAGACAGAGCAAUGGCUGCCUUUCAGAUAGUUAUACUAGCCAGAAUUAUAGUUGAUAAGGAUAAAGUCAGUCUGUCUGCAAAAGGAGUUUCUAUUUUGGUUGACCUGCUAUGUUCGGAAAAGACAGCGACUCUGGUGUUAAUAGGGAAGCUAUUGGCUAGUUUGGCUCACACAAGAGCAGGUAUUCCAGAAGCAAUUACAUGCUUAGGAACUGUCCAGCGUCUUUGUUAUCAUUUAUACGCAAAGGAAGAAGAGGUUCGUACAUCUAUGGCAUGUGCUCUGGGAUAUUUAACAUUCAACCGAACUGCAUAUCGCCAUUUGCUAGUACAAUGUAGGAAUAAGCCCAAGUUGUUCAAGAGGCUAAUACUGAACCUUAGCAAGGAUGCAAGAAUAAAUUCAGACUUUGUGAGAGAAUUUAAGAGGCAAAAAAGAGUUGGGCUUCCAGCUCUCAGUUUGGAGAUAAACGGAGGGCCACCUGCAGUUCCCGUACACAUACGAGGUAAUUUAUUCAGAAAUAAAUACAAAACGAAGUGUCGUCCAAAGGAUUCCCUCUUCUUGGUGCCCACGGUGACCCACCUAAUGGGAAGGUUCAAAACACCGGAAAAGCCCCGCGUCCCAGUAUCCGGCCACAUUCCCUUUCCACACGCCACAACAUCGGACCUCAUUCAAGUUUCGAGACCGAGAAUUGUCGAUGUCUCUGCGCUCCUCAGCCACUUGUCGGGAAAGAAAUCUUGACUUUAGUGCCUGCACAGGGGCAGCCACGGAAACAGUAGUGUCUCUGCUAAUACCUUUCAGAUAAUUAGGGUAAAUAUUACUGCUCUGUCCGUAACAGA